AUGGCCGUGGAGCUGCGAAAAUUCAUCUUGCGCCCUGUCCUCCGUAUUUCUGGUACUCAAAAUGCAAAUGCAGGAGAAGGUGGUGGGGGAGCAGCCCGAAACUCCGGGGAAACGGCCUCGGUCGAUGAAAGUCACGUGCAUCCACCAACCGUUGCCAAGGCAAAUAACAUUCCGAAUUGUUAA